AUGGCAUCUCUGGCACGGGGUCUGACCUCACGGGCAUCAAUCGCAAAUUCCGUGCUGAGGCCUUAUUAUGAACGGCUUAUCGGUCCUAACAAAGGCCGGCGAUAUGCCCACACCCAUGCACGAGCAGUUGAAUAUCUUCAAAACCACGAUACCGAUUUGACAGAAUCACAGAGAACCGUACGCGAGGCUAUCACUAAGACCUGCGCCAAUUAUUCCGACGAAUAUUGGUUGAAGCAAGACGAACUCAAGAAAUUCCCCGCUGAUUUCCAUCGAGCCCUAGCUCAAGAUGGAUGGCUUGGUAUCUGCAUGCCACACGAAUAUGGUGGCUCGGAGCUGGGCAUUGCUGAGGCAGCCGUGAUGAUGCAAACAAUCUCCGAGUCAGGAGGAGGAAUGACCGCUGCCUCUUCCGUACAUAUGAAUAUCUUCGGCCUAGAACCAGUUGUCAAAUUCGGGACCGAGGAACAAAAGAAGCGUUGGCUUGAACCUUUAAUUGCGGGCAAAGAGAGAGCCUGUUUCGGGGUCACUGAACCAAAUAACGGACUUGAUACUCUGAAGCUACAAUCUCUUGCCCGAAGGGAAAAGAAUGGCGAUUAUUAUAAUUUAUCCGGGCAGAAGAUAUGGAUCUCCACUGCGCAAAAUGCUCAGAAGAUCCUAAUCCUAGUUCGCACCACACCCCUCGACGAGGUGCAAAAGCCAUCGCAAGGCCUCUCGCUGUUUUACACCGACCUUGACCCCUCCGUCGUGGAAAUCACGGAGAUUCCAAAAAUGGGCCGAGCAGCCGUCGAUACCAAUACCCUAUUCUUCGAAAAUUGGCGGGUACCAGCCAACGACAUGGUCGGCAAAGAAAACGAUGGAUUCAAGAUCAUUCUCCACGGAAUGAACGCAGAGCGCAUCCUCAUCGGAGCUGAGGCCUUGGGCCUCGGCUACGCUGCUUUGAGAAAGGCAGCCAUCUACGCGGGGGAAAGAGAAGUGUUUGGGCGGGCAAUUGGAAAAAAUCAAGCCAUUCAGCAUCCUCUCGCAGAUAGCUGGAUGAAGCUGGAGGCUGCACGCCUUAUGAUCUAUCAUGCGGCGCGCAUGUACGACCAAGGAUAUGCAGGGGGCGAGUAUGCCAAUGCUGGCAAAUAUCUCGCCGCUGAGGCUGCUUUUGAGGCAUGUGAGAGGGCGGUUUUGACGCAUGGUGGGAUGGGCUAUGCGAAGGAGUAUCAUGUGGAAAGGUAUCUACGUGAGGUGUUUAUUCCUAGGAUCGCUCCAGUCAGCCGGGAAAUGAUCUGUAACUACAUCGGUGAACGGGUGCUGGGCUUGCCAAAGUCAUACUGA